AUGCUCACCGUGGCCAGUGUCCCCCUUGGUGACCGGGUCCUGCCGGGACGCGGUGGCCCCGGGGUCCAAGCCGAUGCCGCUCGCCCUCGUUUCCAGGGGCCCCGGCUCCUGCCGGGUGGUGGGACCCAAAGGGCCGCCGGGAUUUUGGGAUCGCCUCCUGGAAGGGCGCUGGACCGGAGCGUGGCCGUCCUGCCGAAAAGCCUCCACCGACCCACCGACGGCAGCAGUCACCCAAACCUGGCCAAGCUCUGCCGGUCGCGGUUAAUUCCCGAGGCUGGAGGCAAAGGAGCGGGGCAGGGGAGUCCCCGCAGCUCCCAUGCUCCUGCCCUGGCCGAAUUUGGCACCCUGGAGGGGGAGGACAGCGUGUGCCGGCCACGGGGUCCCUCUCGGUUGCUCCGGCUUUACACCAGAGAAGCUGCUUCUCCUGGAAACCGCCCCGGCGCCGGCAAAGAGCCGAUGAAACUUCGGCUGCGGGACGAUGGCUUGUCGAGACUUGGAUGGCGAGGAGAGCGCCUGGAAGCGGGGCGGCAGGAAUACCUUGACGUUGCUUUUGGAGAGCAGGAGGGUGACGUGGCCGAGGUGUGGCGAGGGGCGGGCGCCCGGCACUGCGCGGGCACCUACCCCGGCUCCGCGGUGCUGCCGCCCGAGAGCCCGCCGCCGUCGCACGCCGUGCAACUCCCGCUUCCGCGUGAGAGCGUGAAGGUGCUGCGGCUGACUCUGCCGAAUGACCUCCCGGGCGACAGGCGCGAGCAGGCGAAGCAGAAGCCGGUGGGAAAAGCCUUCGCCAUGGUGGCCAACAGAUCCAGCAACGGGCACUCCCUGGCCUCCGAAUGCAUCAAAUCCAACGAUGGCGAUGAGGAGAUCAUCAAGGUUUAUCUCAAGGCGCGGGCGGAGGGCAGCGUGAACCACGAGGAGCACGUCAACCAGCUGAAAAGUGAAGUUCGUUACAUUCAAGAGGCUAGAAGUUCUUUGAAGAAGCUGCGGGAAGACUUAAGUAGUAAACUUGAGAACAGACAAGGAGAUAAACAGCACGCACAGGUUGUGCUGGAAAAGCAGAACGGGAGCUGGCUGUACCCCGAGAGGCUGCGUGCCGACUCCUGGGAGGACCAGGAGGAGGACUGCUCAGGUGAAGACGUGGAAAAGAUCCGACAGACGGCGAAGAGGCUGUUCACGAAGCUGCAGGAGGCUGAGAAGCGCCAUCAGUUGGAGAGGAAAACCUUUGAGAGGACGGUCGCGCAGUACCAGGAGGAAGCGGAGCAGACGAGCUCUGCCCUGCGGAGAGCGGAGAGGAGCGUGGUGGAGAAGGAGGUGCAGGUGGACGAGCUGCAGAGACUCCUGGCAGGGAUGGAGAAGGAGCACAGGAGUUUGCUGCUGAAGAUGAAAGAAGGCGAAGCAGAGCUGGCGCGGCUGAGAAGCGUGGAAGGUGACAAGCUCGCCGAACAAGACCGGUCAGCCCAGCUGGAGAAGGAGGUGGCCAUGCUGCGGGAGAAGAUACACCAUCUGGACGACAUGCUGAAAAGCCAGCAACGCAAAGUCCGGCAGAUGAUCGAGCAGCUCCAGAACUCCAAAACAGUGAUCCAGGCCAAAGAUGCCGUGAUCCAGGAGCUCAAGGAGAGAGUCGCUUACUUGGAGGCUGAGAACCUGGAGAUGCACGACCGCAUAGAGCACCUGAUCGAGAAGCAAGUCAGUCGGGGCAGCCACAGCUCCAGAGCGCGCUCCAAGUCGGAGUACGUGAGCAGCAAAAGGCUGACGGGCCCCAAGCCGCUGCCUCUCAUUCGAGUAGUGGAAACAUGA